AACGUUCGUUUACUUUAGGCUGCCGCAACACGCUGUAACCUGUAUCUGCUUUUCCUCUCUGUUUUCAACUCUUUUAAACGGCAAAAAGAAUUUUCAUGGCUUUAACCAAAUCAAAGCUACGUCUUCCCUCCUCUCUCUCUCCUUUCUUUCAACGCUUCUUCGAGCUUUACUCUUCCUCAACGCCAACUUCGCUCGAGGAAGUUGAAGCCGAUGAAGCUGAUACUGUUGAAAAACCCCAAACCGCCGCCCUUUCACCCGAAGAAGCCGAGGUCGCCGAAAAGUUCCAUUCCUUAAUCAAAGACCAUCACCGCAAAAACCCAAACCCAGACCCAAACUCGGCCCCACCAGCCCCUAACUUCACCAUCUCAUCUCUUUCCCUCGGCUUCUCCAAAAUCUCCACCGUCCACUCCAUCUCCCCUUCCUUCGUCCGCCAUGUCAUUGACAGAUGCGGUCGGGUCCGCCACGGCAUACCUUUCCUCCAAACCCUAUCCUUCUUCAACUGGGUCACCACCCGCCCCGAUUUCGCUCCCUCCCCCGACCCUUACCACGAAAUUAUCGACCUUGCUGGAAAGUUGAGGCAUUUCGACUUGGCUUGGCAUUUGAUCGAUCAGAUGAAAGCCAAAAACAUCGACGUCUCAAUCGAAACAUUCUCGAUUCUAAUCAGGCGCUACGUGAGGGCAGGAUUGGCUGCGGAGGCGGUGCACGCGUUUAAUCGUAUGGAGGAUUACGGGUGCGUUCCUGAUAAGAUUGCAUUUUCAAUUGUGAUUAGUAGUUUAUGUAGGAAAAGAAGGGCCAAUGAAGCUCAAGCCUUUUUCGAUAAAUUGAAGGACAAGUUUGAACCUGAUGUGAUUCUAUACACUAGCUUGAUUAACGGCUGGUGUCGUGCCUAUAAAAUUUCGGAGGCCGAGAGGGUAUUUAGAGAAAUGAAAAUGGCAGGGAUUAAGCCUAAUGUGUAUAGUUAUACUGUUGUUAUUGAUGCAUUGUGUAGAUGUGGCCAAAUUACGCGUGCUCAUGAUGUUUUUGCAGAGAUGAUUGAUGUUGGAUGUAAGCCGAAUUCGAUUACUUUUAAUAAUUUGAUGAGGGUUCAUGUCAAGGCUGGUCGGACGGAGAAGGUUUUACAGGUUUAUAAUCAGAUGAAAAGGCUUGGUUGUGCCGCGGAUACGGUUACUUAUAAUUUUCUUAUAGAGAGUCAUUGUAAGGAUGACAAUCUUGAUGAUGCAGUUAAGAUACUUAAUUUGAUGGUUAACAAAGGGUGUAUUCCAAAUCCGUCUACUUUCAAUACCAUAUUUAGGUUUAUUGAGAAGUCACGGGAUGUGAAUGCUGCUCAUCGUAUGUAUGCUAAGAUGAAGGAUUUGAAAUGUAUGCCUAAUACUGUUACUUAUAAUGUUUUGAUGCGAAUGUUUGCCAGUGUUAAAUCUACUGAUAUGGUUCUCAAGUUGAAGAAGGAGAUGGAUGAGAAUGAGGUUGAGCCUAAUGUGAAUACUUACCGGAUUCUGGUCACAAUGUAUUGCGAGAUUGGGCAUUGGAACAAUGCUUACAAGUUCUUUAAAGAGAUGAUUGAGGAAAAAUGCUUUAAACCCAGUAUGCCUCUUUAUGAGAUGGUGCUGAACCAGCUGAGAAAAGCUGAGCAGUUAAAGAAACAUGAGGAACUAGUAGAGAAGAUGGUUGAUAGGGGAUUUGUAACGCGUCCUCUGUAAAAGUUGCUUCUUGCUGUUGUAUCUGUGAUGUUUAUUAGCUCAACUUUUUCAUGUUAUCAAUUAAUUAAAUGCUUCAAGUCUCAUAUUCAAUGAGUACCGUCAUAAGUUUGUACAUUGGAGAGUUAGGAUGUACUGUUUUAUCUUCAGUUCUUCACCCUUUUUGUGUUGGACAAUAAGCAUCCGUGGUUUACGGAUGAUCAAAUUUCCUUCAAAUUUUGGUUACAGUUUCCAACUCUAUUUGCUGGACUAAUCUAUUGGAGCAAUUUAUUUAUUUG